UGUCAUAGUAAGCACUGCAGUGCAUUCCCACAUCACUGACAAGUUAUCCUGUUAUCUUACUGCAGAGCUGAGUGUGGAGACACAGCACAUGACAGAAUGAGCAACCUUCCAGAGAUCACCCUGAAAUCGCGCCUACUACAGCUAAAAUGUCAUUUUACUUGGAGGCUUCUGGAAAAAGACAUUGAUAUUGCUGAGACAGAAGAGACAUUGCACAACCAGUUGACAUUUUUGGUUACUAAAAACAAAUACAUGGUGUACAAUCUGCUGGCCUACAUAAUGCACCUUAAAGGCGACUACACAAAAGCCAUUGCCAAUCUAAAGGAAGCGGAAGAAAAGAUUAAAGAGAACAAUCCAGAUGGGACAGACAGAAUGUAUCUGGUGACAUUUGGGGACUACGCCUGGGUGUACUACUACUUAAAACGAUAUGAAGAUUCUCGGAACUACAUAGACAAGAUAGACCAAAUUAAUAAAGAAUUAAAACUUUCCCCAAAUGACAGUAAAGACAUAGCUGAGAUUUAUGGGGAACAAGGUUGGUCAUUGCUAAAAUGUUGUGGGCAAUAUUAUGAAAAAGCUAAAGAAUGUUUUGAGAAGGCUCUUGAGCUAGAGCCAGAAGAUCCUGAGUGGAACUCUGGCUACGCAACAGCGGUUUAUCGAUUGGAAGGAUUCAAUGGCAGAAUAAGUUGCGCUUCCGAAUGCAAAUCGCUACCACUGUUGAAACGCGCUAUAUCACUAAAUCCUGAGGAUGCUGUGCUGAAAGUACUGCUAGCAUUGAAGCUACAAGACCUAAGUAGAGAUUGUGAGGGGAAAAAAAAUGUUGAGGAAGCUCUAAAACAAGCUCCAAACCUUCCAUAUGUACUUCGCUAUGUGGCAAAGUUUUACAGAAGAGCUGGACUGGUGGAUGAAGCUCUACGUGUCCUAAAUAGUGCACUAGAUCUUAUACCUUCCUCUGGAUUUCUACAUCACCAAACAGGACUAUGUUAUAAAAGCAAGGUAAUUGAUAAAACAAGGAUGUUUGGAAAGAUGAACAUCCAAAGUAGACAAAUUCACACAGGAGAAAUUGAUGAACUCGUCCAAAAAGCCAUAUUUCACUUUGAAAAAACGCUGGAACACAAGAAUACAAUUGUAUGUGCACACACACAACUAGCUAAUAUGUACAGUAAGGCAAAGGAAUACAGUAAAGCAGAAACAAUAUUUAAAAAGGUUUUAUCAUUCCCUAAUCUUAUAAAUGAAGAGAAACAGCAGAUCCACUUAAACUAUGGACGUUUUGAGGAAUAUUUCAAGAAAUCUGAAAGUGAAGCAAUAAAACAUUAUAAAAUAGGCCUCCAGAUAACUGAUCCAAGCCGUGACAGAGAAAGCUGUGAGAGAGCUUUAAAAAGACUAGCGGAAAGGAAGACUCAGAGUGACCACAGAGAUCCUCUGGGGUUUGGUUUGCUUGGAUUUGUCCAUAAGAAUAAUGGGAGAACCUCAGAGGCAAUUGAGUGUUAUGAAAAAGCCUUAAAAUAUGAUCCUUACAAUGAGGAAUAUCUGAGUGAUCUCUGUGACCUGAAGUUGAUGUUAUAAAAAAAAUUGAUAGAUAAUAAUAAGAAUAUUAUAGGAGUCGUUGAGAGUUAGGAGCAUGGUCAGAUACAAGGUCCAAAUUGACAUGUGUACCAAUUCAAGAGAUGAACAGGCAAUAUUUUUGCUUGCAUGGAAAAAACAAAGUUACUGGGCAACUUUAAUGUACCCUACAAUUUAGAGCUGAGUUAGAAUACAACCACCACCCAACCAUGUGUCUUUCUGCAUAUUUAAUGUUAGCCAUCCUGAUGCUUUCCAACAUAGUUUUGACACAGUAAAAAAUUGCACAUCCAAUUCAAAGUAUUGCUGACUUGAAAUGAGUUUCUAGAAGUAUAAAUUACAUUUGGGGCUGAUUUCAUGUUGGGUGCAAAUUUUACACAUAAUUAGCAAUUCAGCAUACCAUGUUGAACUGCAAGGGGUGGAAAUGCAUACAUUUGGGUACAGGACAAUUCAUACUUACCAACGUUAUAAAUUUCCAUUCGGGAAAAACAGUAUCUUGGUGGGUAUAUACAUGUGAUCAUUGUGGGGACCGAGGAUGGAUGUUUUGUGUGAGAUUCUAUGAGAAUUGCCCCAACACACCCCUCAGUUACACUCAUUUCAUUAGGAAGUAAGUAAGAUGUGGGUGAGUGACCUACUGUGCAAAAUUCAGAAUCCCUUUUGAUAUUCUGAGAGAGUAGACAGGAUGGAGCAAAUACUGCAUCCUUUGCAUGCUAUAUUUUUGUACUGCAUUUUAAAGCAGGAUAGGCCACUUUCCCUCUCAUAAUUCUAAGGGUCUAAUUCAGAAAUGUGCACAAACCUGAUGGUUUACAUACUGUACAUGUCUGAUGUUAGGUGAUCUGUAUAUGAAGAUCUGUUUCAGCGACAGUGUCACAUUGCCUCAGCAUGAUUGACAUGCUGCAGCCAUUUUAGGCGGGGAAGUGGGUUGGGUUGGCCAGCAUUUCAGAAAGCAGGGCCCUUUUUAUAAGAGUGCUGAGGCCAGUGGCUGCGUCCUUGUACUGACCCAGCAGCGUGAAAGCACUGGCUAUCCUGAAUGUCCUAAGGGUUACUCAGAUGGGCAAUGUUCAUUCAGUCUGGUCUGUAGUUUAUAAGUCUGGUAAUGUAGUUUACAUUUCUCACUUUGCAACUUGGAAUAGUUUUCUGUGUGCAGCACUCAGAUCAGCUCCUGACUGUAAACCAGCUUCUAUAUAUGUAAAUAUGCUCUUACCUUGUAACAGUAUUACCUAACUUUGUUUAUACAGUCACUGAAGGGGUGAUCUUAAGUAUGCCAGCUCUUGGGAUCCCGGCGCACUGUAUACCGGCGCCGGAAUCCCGACAGCCAGCAUACCGACACUUAUUCUCCCUCCUGGGGGUCCACGCCCCCCCUGGAUGGAGAAUAAAAUAGCGUGGCAUGCAUAGCGCGCCACCGUACCUGCAAGGGGCUCAUUUGUGCUUGCCACACUGUCGAUAUGCCGGCGGUCAGGCUCCCGGCGCCAGUAUGCUGGUCGCCGGGAGCCCAACCGCCGGCAUACCAUACUACACCCCACUGAAGGACAUUCUUGGUAAAAAAUAAAUUACCCUCACAGAGAUACAGUCCACUGAGCCAACAUACUGCAAUAUAAUAUAUAAAGGAUUUAUAAAUAAUAAAUUAAAAUGCAGCUACAGUAAUAUUUUGGGGGGUAUCCAAUUACCCGCAAUAGUGCCGCGGGCGGGAAAAAUUAGUGCUUUUAUUUAUUUAAUCCCCCUAUCCAAUUCGGUUCCUUGGCUAUACAUAAGUAAAGUGAAAAGCCGCGGACCUAUGUAUUUUUGUGGCACUUAUUGCAGCUCAAGGGGACACUUAUCGCAGAUUAUGCUUUACGUGCCUGAGGUGAACCAAGUAGAUGGUGUAAUUUACAGCGGCCAAUUGGAUACCCCCCUUUGAAUCUCACUUGCACAUUUCUGUUUAUUGACAUUUCUGCAUUGCACGCUUGCAUUUUAGUAUGAAAACCUGUAGCUGGAAGAAAUAAAUGUAGAACACAGUUCAGAACAAGGUCCAGACAAUCUGGUGCUGUAUCAGAAUUGCAUGUAAAUGCCCCCAUACAUCUGUGACUAAGUGACGCAAUUCUCCAAUAAUCUGAUGCCGGUUCGGGGGAAUGAGGGAUUUUCAACGUGUUGAAAAAUCUCGAUUCCCCAAUCCUGGCACGAAAUGGUCGAGAUCGACUAAAUCGGGAUUUUUAACAUGAAGAAUUUCCUCGAUUCACAAAUUACCGAUCAUCAAUGGCUUCCAAUUCGUGAUACUGGUCAGAUCGGAAAAUCUGAAAAAAAUGGAUGUCUGAUAUAUGGGGCCCUUAAGCCCAUUUUGCUGAUAGAUCUGGCAUAAUUUUGUUUUCUACAUUAUACAUAGCUGUGUAAACACACCUAUGGUUAAUUUCGAGUUGUACAUAUUGCAGAUGCAUCUCUAUUUGUAGCUGAAUGUAUGUACGAGGGUUAUCCAAAAAGUAAUGCCUAAAUGCUCAUAACUCAAAAUUUAUUAUAGAUAAAGAUUUGAAAAUUUGCAGUGAAAUACUUUGAAGUCUUAGUAACAGAAUGACUCAACUAAAAAAAAAAACACCAUCUGCCCUCAAACAUUUUCUCUACCUCUCAACCCAAGCUGUGAACCCAGGGGUUGGUGUUUGACCCAGGAACGUAAGGCAUUUUUAACAACCUCUAUGUCAUCAAAAUGUAGACCACAGAAACAGUUUUUGAGAGGGCCAAACAGAUGAAAGUCAGAAGGAGUCAAUUCAGGACUGAAUGGUGGAUGUGGCAUUAUUGCCCACCCCAUUUUGGCAAUGGCCGCAGAUGAUGCCAUCAAAGUGUGAGGUCUGGCAUUGUUGUGGUGUAAGAUGACAUUUGACAGUGGAAUUGUUGACCCUUUUUUGCGGAUGGCUUCUUUCAGCUUCUUAAGUGUAAUAAUGUAUUGAUCACUGUUGAUUGGUUUGGUUCCAAGUAAUCGAUGAGAAUAACACCUCGGCAAUCCCAGAAGAAUGUGGCCAUGAUUUUGUUCACAGAUCGGUGUGAUUUAAACCUUUUUGGUGAACUUGGGUGUUUCCAUUGCUUUGAUUGGGCCUUUGUUUCUGGGUCGUAAAGGAAUACCCAGGUCUAAUUUAUUUAUUUAUUUAUUUAUUAUUUAUUAACUGUUUCUUAUGUAGCGCAGCAAAUUCCGUUGCGCUUUACAAUUUGAAAUCUCCUGUAAUGGCAUUUUCCAAAAACAUCUCUGGGUUGGCUUCAAAGUUGGUCAAAAAGUCAUUGCACACUUCUACCCUAUGGGCCUUAUGAUCCCUGGUUAAUUGCCUUGGAACUUAUUUAGCACAUACAUUACGAUAUCCCAAAUCAUUGAUUAGUGUUUCUACAGUGCCAUGACUACAUUCAAGUUCACCACUGAUAUCUCUGAUGGUUACACGAUGGUCUUUCUGAAUCAUGGCAUCGACUUUGUGUCGGUACUCUGCUGUCACUGCAGUUGUGGUCUGCUACCACGAGGUUUUGUCGCACAAGGAAGAUUCUCCCGAUUAUAACCGCUUCAUCCACCUUCUGACACUGCUUUAGUCUAUUGUACGCUGACCAUACACCUUUUUCAGUCUUCUGUGGAUUUCUAUAGCACUGCAGCCUUCUUUUUCCAGAAAUUCAAUGACGGCUCUAUGUUUCAUCUUGGAUUCCAUGGUAUUUCUUGAACUACUUAAACAAAAAUGUAUAUAAAUAGCUAGCAGACAUAUUAAACUACAAACUGACAAAGUUUAAAAUAAUUGUUGCAUAUUAUUUCAGAGUUAUGAGCAUUUAGGCAUUACUUUUUGGACAACCCUCAUAAUGUAACUUGGUGUUAACAUCCAAAAAUAAUUUUAACAAAAAUUCAAUUGUUUGAAAAGUCGGUUGGGUGUCUUUUUUCCCCUCUCUAUUAAAUAGGAAAAUACAGACACCCAACUGACAUUUCAAUCUAUUGAAUACCCCCCAAAGUGUUGUUGGAAUUGCAGGUUGUGUAACUUUGAUGUAUCUAUAAUGGAUGCAGGGUGUGCAAUGCACAUGGGCCCCAGAGUCCAGGGGGUUCGACAGCAUGCACCCGUAUAAUUACACUUACACCUCUGGAGUCCCACAGUGGCCUACGCUGCAGACAUAAAUCAGAGGGAAAAUGGCGCGGUGGCCAUUUUCCUGGUGAUUUUCAUAUGCACAGUAGACUCUGGCAUAAAGCCAGAGUGUACAGCACUGUGGCUGCUGCCAGAGAGGAAAGGGUCUGCACAUAGCCCUGCACGCAGACCUUCUACUGUUAAUCAGCUCUUGCCAUGCAGAGGUGUGUGUAAGCAGACAGCCUCUAAUUCAGGUGCAUCUCUUGCACCAGAGAUAUAUCUGAUGUAGGAUGUGCUGAUAAUGACAUCAGGUACAGAUAGAGGCAAUGCGGUCGCAUAGAUGCACAUGGACAUAUCUGCAUUUAGUUGCUGCACACAAUUCAGGUGUAAUUGCUGCUGACUUACGUGCAACUCGGAAUCAUCCUCUCUAUGGGGGUAAUUCCGAGUUGAUCGCAGCAGGAACUUUGUUAGCAGUUGGGCAAAACCCUGUUCACUGCAGGGGAGGCAGAUAUAACAUGUGUAGAGAGAGUUAGAUUUGGGUGAGUUAUUUUGUUUCUGUGCAGGGUAAAUACUGGCUGCUUUAUUUUUAAACUGCAAUUUACACACCACACCCAAAUCUAACUCUCUCUGCACAUGUUAUAUCUGCCUCCCCUGCAGUGCACAUGGUUUUGCCCAACUGCUAACAAAGAUCCUGCUGCGAUCAACUCGGAAUUACCUCCUAUGUUUAUGUUACUCUCUUGUUAAGUUUGGCAAAAUUCCAUUGUAUCAAUAAUACAUAUUUAUAAAUAAUUAUUUGCAUAGAUUUUAAUAAUAAUGCGCUAUUGAUAUAAUUAUCUAAUAUGUGUUAUGUUACUAUAAAUCAAUAA